AUGGCUUCUGUUGUGAAUGUAUGCAGUGUAAAUGUGUUGGAAAAUCCCGGAAAAUUUGGUGACUCUUUCAAGCUGGAAAUCACAUUUGAGUGUUACGAACCUCUUAUAGAUGACUUGGAUUGGGAACUAGUGUAUGUUGGUUCGGGAGAAUCGAAUAAAUAUGAUCAAAUUCUUGAUUCUAUCCUGGUUGGUCCAGUUGUGGAAGGACGUCACAAGUUUAUUUUCGAGGCUGAUGGUCCGGAUCCGUCUAAAAUACCAGAAAGUGAAAUUGUUGGUGUAGCAGUGCUGUUGUUGAAGUGUAGGUACAUGGAACAAGAGUUCAUUAAUAUUGGAUGGUUCAUUGCAACGGAAUACACCGAUCCAGAAUUGCAGGAAGAGCCUCCUGCAUCUCCAGUUUUGGAGAAACUGCAAAGAAGGGUUUGUAUUGAUGAUGUUCGCGUAACUACUUUUGCGAUAAAAUGGCACAAAAACGAAGGAAGUGAGGAUAUAGAAGAUAUUGAAUCUGGGAAUAUGGAGGGAACUGAAAUUGGGGAUAUGGAAGGUACUGAAACCAUGACGGAAAAAACAGAGGAUAAUUUUCCCAUGAGAAUCGAUGUUGAUAAAAUUGAUGACCUAAAGCAGGAUAUAGGGGCUGUUGAAGAGAAAGCUGAAGAUGAUUUAGAAAUGGGAGAAUCUAUUGAAGAUUCAAAUAAAAAUGUCACUAAUGGUUUACCGCUUCUCGAUGUCACUAAUGAAUCGAUCCCUGAUUUGGUUGAUUGA